AUGGCCUUUAUGCAGCGAUCCAUCUUUGCUCUCCGAGCCGCUACCCCCGCUAUGCGGGCCCCCGCUUUCCGAAUCGCCCCCUCCAUGCGACGAUUUAUCUCCACCGAGACCAAGGAUGCCAUUGAGACCGCCAUUGGCACUGCUCCCGUGGUUCUCUUCAUGAAGGGCACACCCGAGUUCCCCCAAUGCGGUUUCUCUCGAGCCACCAUCCAGGUGCUUGGCCACCAGGGCGUCGACCCCCAGAAGUUUGCUGCCUUCAACGUUCUUGAGGACGAGGAGCUGCGUGAGGGCAUCAAGGAGUUCUCCCAGUGGCCCACUAUCCCCCAGCUGUACAUCAACAAGGAGUUUAUUGGCGGCUGUGACAUUGUCAUGUCUAUGAGCCAGAGCGGCGAGCUCGCCGAGAUGCUGCAGCAGCAGGAUCUGCUUGCACCCGAGGAAGAGGAGCACAUGGAGUAA